AUGACUGAGUAACAAGAGCAAUAGACGAAAACCUAGAAUGCUAUCCAAUCCCCUCCCCUCACUGUUUAGUUCUUAUCUAAUCCUAGCCUCAAACCUUUCAGUAGAGUCUCUCCUUUGAAGCAAAAAUAAAUGACCAGCCCACUAAAACUAAAUACUUACAACACUGUGUUUGAAAAGGCAGAAUCUUUAAGUAUUGUCAGGAAUUUAUUUAUUCCAGAGACAGCAACCUAGAAGGAGAAAGACAUACACAGCUUUUUGAGUUUGAUGAGUGUCUAUCAAGUGAAUGUGAAAUCAAUGCUAGAGGACGAAGCAAAAAUGGAGUGUAAAAGUCCCCGACUCCAAGAGGAGUUUAACAAAGUCAAGAGACUCGGAUCACCUUCUUUUUUAGCAAAAAGAAUGACUGUAUAACCUAAUAAACUCUUGCUAUCUACUACUAAUUAAUCAACUUAAUCAUCACCUAAUUAGAGUGCUGGACUAUAAAAUAAUUCAAGAAGUAGAUUUUAGUUCGACCAAAUGGAUGCUUAAAACUCAACCGAAAAUGACUAAAUAAAUAUUAUAAAUUCCAAUUAAAAACCUAGCAUCUUGAGAGUCAGUCCACAUAGGAUUGCUACAGGUAGUGGAGAACAUUCUAACGAUAAUGAAGGUAGUUCAAUUUAAUCCAACUAACAUCAUCAGACCUUAGCCACUAAGGCACAAGUUAAUAACAUUAGAAGGAUGAUUCAAGCAGAAUGA